UGCAGUUAUUCACUGUUAUCUCCACAUUCUUAACGCUAAUCGUCUUCUUAACCCUAACCCGAUUUUAUGGGGUCGUGAAAUGACCAUGCUGAGAUGUUACGAUGAAACCGAAUGUAAAGAUGGCAAGUCUGAAUAGGAUCGUUGGGAUUUUUUUUAAAUUAUUUACAGGCAUUGUCCGUUUCCUUUCUGCAGUUUACGUUUGUGAUGAGGUAGCCACCACUACCACUAUAUCACUUUUUAAAUCCCUAAUUUCUCUCGGAUUAAUUUAACACUUGUGUUGUUGUAGUACCCUGUAUAACCAUGGUGUUACGCUAUAUAUCGAUUGUAUGUAUUAAUGUCCUCGAUUAAAGUGUGUUUGUAGUUUUGGGGGACUUUCGUUGACAUGAAAAAUAUCGAUGCAGCGAAUCAGAAAGCAGCAGGCCUGACAGCUAGGGGACUUGGUAAGGUUGUUUACAUUCUAAAGCACACAUAUUUAUUUUAAAUGCCCAAGGUCAAACGAGGGAUGACCUCUGGGAUAACGCGUUGGGAUAACAGCCGUCACAACACUGCUACACCACUAGUUGUUCGAGAGAGUUAAAAAUAUCACCAAUGUCACCAAGAUAUAUUAUUUCAAACUCACAUGUUGGGGCCAAAGUUGACAACCUCUCCUGAGAACAGGAAGUUGCUUGACAAAAGGUCUGGUGUAUUAUAUUAUAUAAUAUAUAUAAUAUAAUGUUCAACCUCUCGGGGGAGAAUGUGUGGAUCACUGAGUUUUGGGAAGAUUUAAACACUUUGAACACAGAGACAGCCCCUUGUGAAAAGUCCAUGGUAUAAACUCUUCACAAAUAGCCUUGUCAUGGUUUAUAUUUUUAACCUUUUACAAGGCUACAGGGCUGGAUAUUGGUCCAGUUGACCUUAAUCAUUCAGACUAUACACAGCAGACAAAGGCUUGUUGAACUUACGACAUCACAGUUGAACCUAGCCUUCUCCCUUGUUGUUCAACAUGUCUCUACUUGGAAAGACUCAUAAACCUUAGUGUCAACACUGCAACACUUCCCUCUAUGGAAGCAGAGAACACGACAGAAGCAGGAGGCCGAAGGCUGCUUGGUUCACAUGUCCUGGAAGGAAUUUCUCAUAUGUGUGGUUUGCAACGUAAGGAAGAAAAGUUGGAGAGAACCUGGUUGAAUCUCUGGUGGUUCUACAGAGCGGUCAUUCUUUCAUGUCCUGCAGCCUGCGCUGCUAUUGGUCAGCUCUCCAGGAAGUUGUCUUUAUCCCUCAGCCAAACGGAGACAUCUUCCUACCGUUGGACCUGGGUCUGGGGGUUGGACCGGAGCCAUAGAGGGGGCCUGUAGCGCUGGGUUGGGCUCCAGGAGAGGGGAGAGAGGUAGGGCUCCAAGCAGGAGAUCCAGGGCUGGAACCUUGUGGCAGAUGAUAAUGUUCUGCCAAGAUAUACUUUUUUCAAAGGCUAUAAGAGGGUCCUACUGGGUGGGGAGACCAUUCACCAUGAGGGGAGCCGGGCUGCUGUGUCUGCUGUGCGUCUGCGCCGCGUCCCCCGCAGCCCUGGGCCCGGGGCUGGGGGCCGGAGCGAGGCUCAGUGCUCGGACCGCCACCGGGAGGGCGCCCCCCCUCCCUGAGGGUCGGUGUGUGGUGUACGGGAUGACCAUGUUUGAGGGGGCCAUGUGGUCUCCGGAGCCGUGCACUGUCUGCCAGUGUCAGGGAGACAUGGUGAAGUGCAAACCCAGCGCAUGUGACCCAGGACCAGCAGCGGGAAAAGUUCAGGUGGUGAAGAAGACCUCGGAGCAUCAGGGAGUGGGUGGAGGAGCAAGGAGGAGCAGCAGUAAGACCUCCACCUCUAGAGGAGGACAGGAGGUGAAGGAGACCUCGGAGCAUCAGGGAGUGGGUGGAGGAGCAAGGAGGAGCAGCAGUAAGACCUCCACCUCUAGAGGAGGACAGGAGGUGAAGGAGACCUCGGAGCAUCAGGGAGAGGGUGGAGGAGCAAGGAGGAGCAGCAGUAAGACCUCCACCUCUAGAGGAGGACAGGAGGUCAGAACCAAGGGACAAACCCGCCCCGCCGGGGGCCCAGAGCAGCGUCCCGCCGGGGGCCCCCUCAGCCCAGAGCAGCGUCCCGCCGGGGGCCCCCUCAGCCCAGAGCAGCGUCCCGCCGGGGGCCCAGAGCAGCGCCCCGCCGGGGGCCCCCCCAGCCCAGAGCAGCGUCCCGCCGGGGGCCCCCCCAGCCCAGAGCAGCGUCCCGCCGGGGGCCCCCUCAGCCCGGCGGCCGUCCCUCCAGCGGUUAAAACACCGGCGGCGCCCAGGAGCCGCAGGCCCAACAACUCCUCAGACGAAGAGGACCGCGACUCUUCCGAUGAAGACGAGGACGCGGAGGACGAAGACGUCGUCGGCCCCCCACCUCCACCGCCGGCAAAAGCGAAGGUCGAUCCCCCGACCCCGUCGCCGUCUGUGCUCCGGGCCGCCCCCCCGAGACCACCUGCGCGGGGGGCGGGGGGGCGGCCCGUGGUGGCGUUCCCCCAGAAGCCCCCCUUCAUGGCGUCCCUGCCGUGGGGUUGCCUGCUGGCCGACACGCUGGUGGCGUGCGGCAGCACCGGCCUGAGCCGCAUGCCGCUGAUCUCCGACCGGGGGGUGAGGACCCUCUACCUGGCAGACAACAAGAUCAGCCGGAUCCCGGCCAAGGCUCUGGCCGGUCUGCCCAACCUGGAGUGGCUGGAUCUGAGCAAGAACAAGCUGGACGACGCCUCCUUCGCCCCCCUGCUGUUCCAGAACCUGACCCGGCUGCGGCGGCUGAUCCUGGACGGGAACAACCUGACCCGCGUGCCCGACUUCCUGCCGCCCUCGCUGCUGGAGCUCAAGAUCAACGACAACCAGCUCAGCGGCCUGACGCCGCGCAGCUUCAAAGGUUUGUCGAAACUCCUGACGCUAGAACUGGAAGACAACCACUUCCACGACGGGAACGUUUCACCGUUGACCUUCCGACCACUAAGGAAGCUGGCCUACCUUCGUCUGGAUGACAACCGGUUCCGGGGCGUUCCCUCUGGUCUCCCCGUCUCCCUACAGGAGCUCCACCUCUCAGACAACAAGAUAGAGGUGGUGCAAGCCGGGAUCCUGAACAAAACUGUUAACCUGAGGGCUCUGGACCUGAGCCACAACCGCAUCCGAGAGGACCGCAUCGCCCCCCACGCCUUGCUACACCUGCUGAAGUUGGAGUCUCUGGACCUAUCCCACAACCGGCUGGUCCACGUCCCGUCCUUCCUGCCCCCGGGCGUCCGCCAGCUCGUCCUGCACCACAACCUCAUCCAGCGGAUCCCGGCCUUCGUGUUCGGGCACCUGGCCCCGGGCCUGGACUCCCUGCACCUGUCCCACAACCGCCUGCAGGACGGCGGCCUGGCCCCGGCCUCCUUCAGGGGGCUGAGCUCCUCGCUGGCCGAGCUGCUGCUGGACCACAACCUGCUGCACUCGGUGCCCCGGGGCCUGCUGCAGCUCAGGAACCUGCAGCACCUCCGGCUCAACCACAACCUCAUCAGCGACGUCCCGCUGGGCGCCCUGUGCGACCCGGGGGCGCGCGAGGACUCCCCCCUGCUGAGCGUCCACCUGGAGAACAACCUGAUCCAGCGCCACCUCGUCCCCCCCAGCAGCUUCUCCUGCAUCCGCAGUUACUACAGCGUUCUGCUGCGGCCGCAGAGGGACGAGGAGUAGGGGCGCCCAAUCACAGGCGGAGG